AUGAGCGCAGGAGAUUCCGUUCUAAAGUUGAAGGAGAGGGCUAAUGUGGAGUUUCGCGCGGGCAUGUACAAGACUGCAAUCCAACUCUACACAAAGGCUCUCGAAUGUGCCGGGCCCACGACCUCUCUGGAAUUGAAGCGUGCGAUCAUCUCCAACCGUGCUCAAAGCUACAUGCUCUGGGGAGAUAUCUGCACCGCCUUUCGAGAUAACAACCUUGCUCUCUCCCAAGAGUACACGGUGCCAGAUUCCCCCAAGGUGCUGACUACUAGAUGUCUUUUUCGACGUGCCAAACUACACUAUAAGUUCGCUCGCUACGACGAAGCGCGCGCCGCCUUUGAGUCCUUUGAACGUGUCCGAGAGGAGAUUGGACAAGAGAUCAGUGUGAGGGAGCGUGAUUUGCUCUCUCAGAUAGAGAAGGCGAUCAGCGAACCAGGAGGCAGCGAGGCAGGAGAUCGCGUCCAGCUCUUGCGAGCCGUUUUUUCGUGCGGCAUCAUUAUCCAGGAUCAGUAUCUCGCUACCUUCCCGUACCAACCGGGUUCCCAGAUGAACGACGAUGAGGACAACAUGAUCCUUCAGUUCGGCCCCAACUCCUAUCCGCGGAAGAAGAAUCCGACCUCCAGGCCCCUAUCAGUUCCAUUUGUGAUCUUUGCUCCUGGCCUGCAAGUACCGGGCGGAAAGUCGUUCUCCGGCCGCAUGGCUAUUACCGAAGACGGAGACGGAUACGGGGACGAGAAUCCGUCCAUCGGCGUGCAUAUCGAAGAGAUGAUCCUCGCUUCCUUCUCGCACACCUAUUCCAACAUGACCCGCUCACGUUGGCCAGAGAUUAUGCCGUACUUUCCCAGAAUGAGCGCCACGAUCAUCCUCCCGACGCAGAAAGGACGGCUGCUCGUCAUUCUAUUUUCAACACAGUUGAGGGAUAUCUGGGAGGGUGCCAAGGAGCCCGGAAACACUACUUCCCCGUUCACAAAUUUACGCACCAUCCGCAGGGCACGGGAGUUCGAGGUCGGCGCGGUGAGAUUGACAAAUGGCUGUAUCCAUAUAUAUGUUAUGCCGAGCGAGAACGUUGCCGACUUCGCAUUGCUCACCUGCAGAGCUCUCAGCGUGUCAAAAUGGGAAAGCGCCGUAGGAGCACUCGGCAUGGACAGCUAG